CAAAGCAGGUGCUCUCACUAAACGUUGCAUUGGAGGGACAGCUGCUGUGUUCAGGAAAUAAGGCAGGAAAUCUGAGCAAGGAAAGCUAAAGUAAAGUUGUCUGUGUAUCAAGGUCCCUGUGCAUCGGUAAUUAUCCGGGUAAUUAUCCGGCAACGCUGCAAGGCCGCCCACCCCACCCCAUAUCAUUCCAAUCCAUAUCCAAGCUGCUAGGGCAAUGGAGCUCAAGAAUGUGGUAGAGACUGUGGAAAGCGGGGAACAAGAUGCUAUCCUCAAGGUGCUGCAGAUCUACAACCAGGAGAAGUCUCAGUGUUUCACCUUUGAAGAUGAAGAGCGGGAGGAGAGGAAGAAAAUGGCCCAGCUGCUGAUCAAGUUCCUGGAGAGAGAGCUCCAGCCCUCCUGCCAAGUCACAUGUUUGGAAAGCAUCCGCAUCCUGUCCCGGGACAAAGGCUGCCUUGACCCCUUUACCACCGGGGAAGGCCUGCAAACCUUGGCCAGACACGCUGGCAUUGAUUACUCAGAGGAGCUCAUUCGGGAAGUCCCAGACCUAGAUGUGAUCCUGGAGGCCCUCAAAUGCCUCUGCAACAUCGUUUUCAGCAGUCCCCGGGCACAAGAGCUGACGGCUGAGGCCCGGCUCGUGGUGGGUCUUACGGAGCGCAUCAAACUCUACAAUGAGAAGAACCUCCCCCAUGAGGUCAAGUUUUUUGACCUGCGUCUUCUGUUCCUGCUGACAGCACUGAGGGUGGACAUCCGGCAGCAGCUGGCCCAGGAGCUCAGGGGCAUCAGCCUGAUGACAGACACCCUGGAGCUGACGCUAGGGGUGAAAUGGCUGGACCCCCAUGAGGUAGCCACUGAGGGGAGCCCUCCCCUGCCCCUGCCACGCCAGGAGACAGAGCGUGCCAUGGAGAUCCUUAAGGUGCUCUUCAACAUCACAUUUGACUCCAGCAAGAGGGAGGUGGAUGAGGAAGAUGCUGCUCUGUACCGACGCCUGGGCGCUCUCCUGCGUCACUGCCUGAUGAUUUCAGCUGAUGGAGAGGACCGGACAGAAGAAUUUCAUAGCCACACAGUUAACCUCUUGGGCAACCUCCCUCUCAUGUGUCUGGAUGUCCUGUUGACCCCGAAGGUGCGGCCAGGCUCGCUUGAGUACAUGGGCGUUAACAUGGAUGCAGUCAGUGUCCUGCUGGAUUUCUUAGAGCGACGACUUGACAGGGGUCACAAACUGAAGGAGACCCUGACCCCUGUGCUGAACCUGCUGACAGAGAGUGCCCGUGUCCACCGCCAGACGAGGAAGUUCCUCAAAGCUAAGGUGCUGCCUCCGCUGCGGGACGUGAAGAAUCGCCCUGAGGUGGGGAACUUGCUACGGAACAAGCUUGUGCGCCUGAUGACUCACAUUGACACCGACGUGAAGCACUGCGCAGCCGAGUUCCUCUUUGUGCUCUGCAAGGAGAGCGUGUCGCGAUUUGUGAAGUACACGGGAUAUGGCAAUGCAGCCGGGCUCCUGGCAGCACGAGGCCUCAUGGCAGGAGGGCGGGCAGAGGGAGAGUAUUCUGAGGAUGAAGACACGGACACAGAGGAAUACAAGGAAGCUAAGCCCAACAUUAACCCAGUGACAGGCCGUGUGGAGGAGAAGCUCCCCAACCCCAUGGAAGGGAUGACUGAGGAGCAGAAGGAGUAUGAAGCCAUGAAGCUGGUUAACAUGUUUGACAAGCUGUCCAGACAGCAAGUCAUCCAGCCAAUGGGGAUGACUCCAGGGGGCAAUCUCACCUCUCUGGAGAACGCUGUGCAUGAGCUGGCGGAGGAGAGAUCAUCGUCUGACUCUGACUUGGGGUUGGACUGA